AUGGCCAGCCCUAAAGCCACAGGGAUCUCCUGGGAGAUCGCUUGGCUUGCUAUUGCUAUCUAUGCUCAUCUACAGACAAGAGCAGAGCAAUCCCAAGGUGCAUACUUCUUGCCUGAGUUUGCACUUUCUCCACAGGGGAGUUUUCUUGAGGAUACCACGGGGGAACAAUUCCUCACUUACCGUUAUGAUGACCAGACCUCCAGAAUUACCCGCUCUGAUGAAGAUAAGGAAGGCUCCUGGGAUGCCUGGGGGGCCUGGAGUGAUUGCUCACGGACCUGUGGUGGGGGAGCCUCUUAUUCGUUGAGGAGAUGUUUAAAUGGCAGGAACUGUGAAGGUCGGAAUAUUCGAUACAAGACCUGCAGUAGUAAUGACUGCCCUUCAGAUGUUGGUGACUUUAGAGCACAACAGUGUUCAGCCUACAAUGACGUCAAAUACCAGGGACAUUUUUAUGAGUGGAUCCCUGUGUAUAACGAUCCUACUGCACCAUGUGCCCUGAAAUGUCAAGCUCUGGGAAAGAACUUGAUUGUGGAGCUUGCCCCAAAAGUGCUAGAUGGUACGCGUUGCAAUAUUGAAUCCUUGGAUAUGUGCAUCAGUGGAAUAUGCCAGGCAGUAGGCUGUGAUCGACAACUUGGGAGCAAUGCCAAGGAAGACAACUGUGGAAUCUGUGCAGGAGAUGGUUCAACAUGCAGGCUUGUGAGGGGACAAGCUAAGACACAUGUCUCACCAGAAAAAAGGGAAGAAACCGUGAUUGCUGUACCACAUGGGAGUCGCAGUGUGAGAAUUACCCUAAAAGGACCAGCACACCUUGUUAUAGAGUCAAAGACACUACAAGGAGACAAGGGAGAGCACAGUUUCAAUGCUCCUGGAACAUUUGUCAUAGAAAAUACAACUGUUGAAUUUCAGAAGAGUACAGACAGGGAAAUCAUAAAGAUCCAGGGACCUCUUGGAGCAGAUUUCAUUAUCAAGACCAGGUACUCUGGAUCAAAAGAGAGCGUGGUUCAGUUCUUUUUCUAUCAACCCAUCAGUCAUCAGUGGAGACAAACAGAGUUCUUCCCCUGCACAGUGACGUGUGGAGGAGGUUAUCAGCUUAAUUCAGCUGAAUGUGUGGAUAUUCGUCUGAAGCGUGUUGUUCCUGACCACUAUUGUCAUUACUAUCCAGAAAAUAAGAAACCAAAGCCCAAGCUAAAAGAAUGCAACAUGGAUCCCUGCCCUUCUAGUGAUGGAUUUAAAGAAAUCAUGCCCUAUGAUCACUUCCAGCCACUUCCUCGGUGGGAACAUAACCCUUGGACUGCGUGUUCAGUUUCCUGUGGAGGUGGUAUUCAGAGGAGAAGUUUUGUGUGUGUGGAGGAGACCAUUCAUGGAGAGAUACUGCAAGUGGAAGAAUGGAAAUGCAUGUAUGCCCCCAAGCCCAAAGUCAUUCAAACCUGCAAUCUGUUUGAUUGUCCUAAAUGGGUGGCAAUGGAAUGGUCUCAAUGCACAGUGACCUGUGGCCGAGGCUUGCGUUACCGAGUAGUGCUGUGUAUCGACCACCGUGGGCAGCAUGUCGGUGGCUGUAAUCCACAACUUAAACUACACAUAAAAGAAGAGUGCAUCGUGCCAAUACCAUGUUACAAGCCAAAAGAAAAAAAUCCUGUGGAAGCAAAAGUGCCAUGGUUUAAACAGGCGCACGAAAUGGAAGAGACCAGAACAGUCUCAGAAGAGCCAACGUUUAUUCCUGAACCCUGGUCUCCAUGCAGUGCUACGUGUGGCAAUGGCAUACAGGUGCGAGAUGUGAAAUGCCGAAUUCUUCUUGCGUUUACUCAGACUGAAGUUGAAUUGCCAGAGGAGGAAUGUGAAGAUGUGAAGCCACCAACAGAACGAGUCUGUCAUCAGGCAUCCUGUGACAGUGAUCCUGUCCCUUACACAACAGAAUUUUCACAUGCUGAAGGUGGCAGUGUGAUCUAUGACUGGGAGUACAUUGGUUUUACUCCUUGUUCAGUCACAUGUCUUGGAGGAACACAAGAAGCCAUUGCAAUGUGUCUGCAUGUAGAGACAAAACAAGCCGUCAAUGAAACCCUGUGUGACAAUUCCAAGAGACCACCACCGAUGACUCGUACCUGCAAUAUGAAGCUUUGCCCUCCGAGGUGGCAAAGCGGCCCCUGGAGACGCUGCUCAGCUACGUGUGGGGUUGGGAUACAGACGAGAGAUGUAUUCUGCCAGCAGCCGGGAGGAUCUGCUGUUGCUGCUGAAGACUGCAAAGACAAAAAACCUCAUUCUUUACAAGCUUGUAACCAGAUUGAUUGUCCCCCUGUUUGGCAUGUUGAGGAAUGGCAACAGUGUUCACGUACUUGCGGAGGAGGGAUUCAGACCCGCAAAGUGUACUGUAAACAGCUGUUGACAGAUGGAAGUUUCCUGAAACACUCUGAUGACACCUGCCAGGAACCUAAAUUGCCAACUAGUAAACCAUGUGCAAAAGUUGAUUGUCCUCCUCAGCUAGUUGUAGGAGAAUGGUCCAAGUGCUCGGUAAGCUGCGGUGUUGGAAUCCAGAGAAGGAAACUUGCCUGCCAAAACCUAACAGCAAAGGGCCAAUAUGUCACAUUAAAUGGAUCAAUGUGUAGUGGUCUGUCUCCUUCACUGCUUGUAAGGUCUUGUCAGAUGAAUGCCUGCAACAAGAUUAAACCAAAGCUUCCAGAAAAGUAUUCUGCUCAUGGACCUCAGAUUCUCAGUAUUCACCGAGUCUAUAUUCAAACAAGACAAGAGAAGCGCAUUAAUUUUACCAUAGGAAGCCGAGCCUACUUACUUCCAAAAACAUCUGUUGUAAUUAAGUGCCCUGUACGAAGGUUCCAGAAAUCACUUAUCCGGUGGGAGAAAGAUGGACAACACCUACAAAACUCUAAAAGGCUUGGCAUCACUAAGUCAGGCUCGCUGAAAAUACAUAGUCUUGAAGCUACCGAUAUUGGUGUGUACCGGUGUAUUGCAGGCUCUGUGCAUGAAACAUUUGUACUCAAACUCAUUGGUACUGACAACAGAUUGAUAGAACCACCAAAUCUUAGAAAACAUGCCAGGGAGACCAGUAACACUGAUCACAAUGAGGCCAACAGCUUUGGGGCCAAAUGGCAUAAAAUGAGCAAAAUGUGGCAAAUGUGGAGUAAGAAGAAUGAGCUCUAUCUAGGUGACAGGCAAGUAAAUGAUCAGCCAUUUCUGCGAAAUCCUGAAACCUUUGGGAGUAAUUCAGCAGAAGACUUCAGCUCUCGUGAAUUCAGGAAUAAGCGACUGGAGGCAGCAGUUCUCCGAGGCGCCUACAGCAUGGACACCGUGCAGUUUGAAGAACUGAUCAGGAACAUGAGUCAGCUCAUUGAAACUGGAGAAGUCAAUGACGACUUGGCAUCCCAGGUCAUUUAUCAAUUAGUUGCUGAAUUUUCUAGGCCUCCACAACCAACUACUGAAAAAUGGAAGGGGGCCCAGGAUGAGAAACUUGCCUCAAAACUCACAGGCAAAUCACCUAAUGAAUCUGAACGUUUCAGCACAAAAACUGUUGAUAAGUUAAAGUUAGACCAGAAGGUUCCAGUUAUUAUGAGGCAAAAGGAAAUUCCUCGAGUUUCCUUCAACAAAACAGUAACUGUACAAAUUGGAAAUACGGUUUUUCUGACCAAGAAUACUCAUGCUGUCAAUCUACUGUGUGAAACAGCUGGUAUUAGUGAAGUGAAAUACACUUGGACAAAAGAUGGCGAGACAUUAAAAGCCUCUGAGAAGAUCUACACUGAAAAGUCAAAUAAAGCUUUUAAAACUGAUUAUCCCUUUAAUUUCAAAGAGAUUCCUGUCAUCUUGUCCUCUGUGUUAAAUGUUACAAAUGUGGAACGCAGCAGUUUCUCAGCAGUUGUUGGAGGUACAAUCGUGGCAAGAACUGGAGCAAAUAUUACAGUUGAAUGUCCAGUGAAAGGUGUUCCCCAACCAAAUGUGACAUGGUUUAAGAAGAAAGACAUUCUACAAAUCAAUUCUUUCUUGGUUUUGAAUGGCUCUUUAUUUCUGAGGAAUGUUUCCUAUGAAGAUGCAGGAACAUACACUUGCAGAGCAACUAACGCUCUCGGAAAAGCUGAAGCUGCGUCUGUUCUCCACUUAACUGAACAAAGAUAUAUAGAGAAUAACACUCUAUUAUCAAUGGGAAGCAGAAGAAAGCGUGUCCUAAUGGCAUCUGGAAUUGGUACAAAUGUCAGUGUGGUACCUGGAGAUCCACUAAGAAUAGGUUGCCCAGUUCUGCCCAGCUACAGAAAUUCAGUUCACUGGCUUUUCGGAGAUAGUCCAAUUGAAGAAGUUAAGACCUUGGAAUACCGAACCCUGGUUGGGGGUCGUAUCCUAGAGGUGAACACCAACUCUGGUCAAUUUGCCGGACAGUUCCAAUGUUGGACUUCAGCUAGUGCAAAACCAAUGUCAGUUUGGGUAAAUGUCAAGAAGGAAGAUUAUAAAUGGGAAUAUGCUGAGUGGAGUACUUGCUCUGCUAGCUGCGGGAAUUCAGGAACCCGCUCCAGAAGACUACAGUGCAUGAGUGCAGAGAAACAGAAAGUAAAUGAAUCAUUAUGCAGAGAGCUGCAAAAGCCAGCAAUUAUUUACCAGUCAUGCAACAGAGAUGACUGCCCUGCCAGGUGGGUAACUAGUCCAUGGUCUGAGUGCUCCGCAUCCUGCGGCAAUGGAUUUCGCUAUCGACAAAUAACUUGCCAACACAUAAAAGCCAAUGGCAGCGAGCUGACACUGCUACCAGAUGCUUGUAUACACAGAGAUCGUCCUGUGGGAAGGAAACCCUGUAUGGGUCAUUUGUGUACGGUGGGGACAAUACAGACAAAAGGCCAGUGUUCUGGUCGCUGCGUAGGCCGCCCUGUAGGUUUACAGCAUCGUCACUUUAUAUGUCAACUUCGUAAUGGAUCUUUGGUGCCGAACUCUUCUUGUGAUGAAAGAAAGAGAUCUCCUGUCAGAAGAAACUGUUCUUCAGAGGCAUGUGAUGUCUAUUGGCGGACAGGCCCCUGGAGGCCUUGCAGUGUGGACUGUGGGAGUGGAUUUCAGUCCAGACGAGUGUACUGUGUACACAGACAGAACAACAAACCGGUGGCUGAGCAGCAUUGUGGAUGGAGGAAGAGACCAGUGACCUGGCAACACUGCAACGUCACAUCCUGUGGUAAAGGCGAAUGCAAGGAUACAACUCACUACUGUACAUUUGUAAAGCAACUAAAGUUAUGCUUGAUAGACAUCUACAAACAAAGGUGUUGUCAAUCAUGUCAAGAAAUGUAA